GUGAGAAGCCAUACAAGUGUGAUGUCUGCCUUGCGGAGUUCAGCAAGAAGGGGAACCUACAGCACCACAAGCGGACGCACAUAGGUGAGAAACCAUACAAGUGCAAUUUCUGCCCUGCAGAGUUCAGGCGGAGCCGGGCCCUAGUGCAUCACAAGCGGACACACACUGGAGAGAAGCCAUACAAGUGUCAUGUCUGCCCUGCAAAGUUCAGGCAGAGCCAGGCCUUACAGCAGCACAAGCGAACACACACGGGCGAGAAGCCAUACAGGUGUGAUCUCUGUCCUGCAGAAUUCACCCGGAGUGCAGGUGUACAGCGUCAUAAGAGGAUGCACACAGGUGAGAAGCCAUACAAGUGUGAUGUCUGCCCCGCAGAGUUCAGCCGACACGGGUACCUACGGGUUCAUAAGCGGACACACACGGGCGAGAAGCCAUACAAAUGUGAUGUCUGCCUUGCGGAGUUCAGCCAGAAGGGAAACCUACAGCACCACAAGAGGAUGCACACAGGCGAGAAGCUGUACAAAUGUGAUGCCUGCUCUGCAGAGUUCAGGGAGACCAGGUAA